AUGACGUUGCGUCGGCCCGUGGUAGGAGGGAGCCGGACAAAUGCUACCGGCUACUGGAGGCUCUUCUACGCUCUAUGCCGAGCGCUUCCACGUGGUUCAGAGAUUUCUAAAGCUGAAGUAGCUUUGAGGAAAGUUUCAAUGCAUGAAAAGGCCCUCUCACCUCCACCUUCUCAUUGUCUCUUGUCGAACCGUACGAUAAUGCUCUUCUCUAGGCUUCCUUCUCUUGUGUUGAUACUGGCCACGGCCGUUGUCGUCCAUGUCAGCCCUGUCAACAUCAAACCUGCUGAUCCGGCGCCAAGCCAAGGCAACGGAUGCAUCCUCAAAACAGACUUCGAUGACAAGUCGAAGCCAAACCCGUGGGACAACCAACCACUCCGCCAGAACGGCACUUCUCGCGAUGUCGGUGUUUGGUUGCGCAAGCGUGACGCCGUCGAGCAAAUUCCUCUUGAAUGGUACGUGAACGCCACAGGCCACAACAACACCUACCGCAUCAUCCAGCCGGUGCAAUCAAACGAAAGCCGUAAUCUUGGAUACGUCGUCGAUUCCGCUUUCGAGGUUCCCGGCGCCGGGGCUGGAAUGCUUGCGUUAGUUGGUGCUCUUGCAUGGUCAGAGAAUCCUCCCCGUCUUUUCAACAUUGACAAGUGGCUCUUUCAUACCGAUGAGUCUGGCAAAAUUUACCUCGGCCUUCACGAUGCGUAUGGUGACCUUUUUCAGCCACUUCAGUAUGACCAUGGCUUUCUCUGGUAUGCGAAUCCGAAUACGUGGUGUCCACCACCUGGGCAAGGAGAAUGUGACGGUCUGAAUUUCUUCUUCGGUGGUAAUGAUCAGCAGAAAUUUGGUCAGAAGGUUCGCAUCAGGGUCGAGUGUCCGUACGGUGUCAAUUGGAAUUUACUCGGCUCACUUCUUGGGGUGGUUUCUGGAGGGAGAAUCUACUGGGGUUUGGUGACCGGGUGCCUCUCUGGAAAAUUAUUGUGUCUCAAAAUAAUGUCUGGUGAUCCUCGUACACGGAAAUCUGGAGACCUCGAUGACGAACGGUGGCUCGAGAACGAUGUCGAUGGUAAUACAAACUACCAAAUCAAACCUCUCCCAGCGCAGAGGUCGACGCUGUAUUUGCUUCUUGUAAACAAGCUCUUCAGCAAACGCCUUCGCCUAUCGCCGGGUAUCAAGCGGUCCGGAAAUGGUACCUACACCGCAGAUCUACAUGUGGUGUGCGGGACAGCUAUUUUACGCGGUGCUGAUGCUGGCUGGGGCAGCGGGCGGCGAAGCCUUGGACACAAUAAUAUCACAAUUUUAUGUAUCAUAGCUCAAGCCACAGUGAUAACAUCAUUCAUAGCCACAUCCUGCACCUUUGGCGGGGGCUUCCCCAUAUUGCUCGGAUGCUGCCACCUAGCGGCCCUCAACUUCUCCCUAAAACACUCUCCCGUAAUAACAUCCUCUACCCCCUCGCCGUCCUCCUUCCCCGUCCAUGUCGGCAUCACCACUAAAAUCACCUCCCGAUUCGAGCUAAAGGAAAUCGUCACCGAAUACCGCUCCUCGCCACUCCAACUCAAGACUCUAUGUACUGUAGAUUUGAAAAUUCUACCAUACCUCCUUGUCCCGUGCCCUCCAUCUUCGUCUCAUACAGCGGACUUCUUCACGGCAUCAAAAGUCUCUGAGAUUACACUGGCGGGGGAUGUCGGGGUUCUCUGUGUAGAAGAAUCCAACUUGUCGACAGGUUUUGCCGAACUCGUCGAAGAGGCUAGAGACAUUGGAGAUGGGGAUGGAGGAGAAAGUUUAUUUGGCCGCAGCACUUCGAAUGAUGGGGCGAGAGCCACGAGCGCCGCCGGCGUUGUAGUAGACGUACUGGGUGGUGUAAGUUUGGUGGAUGGGGAAAGUCAUGCUGUUUCUCUAAGUCCGCGAACUGAAGACCUUCUCAAGUCUAGUAUCUUGAGCUGUGGUUUCGUUGCAAUUGGUCUUGAUAUUCCCCCCAAGUCUAGCCAUGCCCCGCAAUUCCGAUCAACGAGGUGUAGUACUGUACAAUUGGGUGAUUUUGAUGUCUAUACGGGUGAAAUUUUGUGUACGUUCGUAUGGAAGGGAGGGCGACAGUGGCCUCUGUUCAUCGCUGUGCAGUUGGGCUCUAUCUACUACGCGGGAUGCAUCAUCGUGGCCCUAAUCCACAAUUGUGCAUUUCAGGCAUUUCCACCUUUUAAAUGGAUCGAAGACUGUGUGAACUUCGCAGGGGUAAUGGUGGCGCGCAAAUUUCUCAGUGGACUUGAAACACAUCAACAACGGCUUCAUCUUGAUCGAAUCAUUCUGUCGGAAGGGCUUAUCGCUUUGGAUGCUUCGAGCUGGAAGAUUCCUCCAUUAGUUGCGGGCUUAGCGUCUAUGUCUUACGGAAUUUACAUGUGGUUUUUCAUCGCGCCGUCGGCAGUUGAAGCGUGGUUCUUCAUUGAGGAGGAGAGGGAUCUGGGUCAAGCAGAAAAAUCGCUACCAAGCCGUCGAAUCACUCCUAGUUAUCAGAUCUUGGUGCUCUCCUCCCAAAUCCCUUCCGCUAGGCUCAUCCGGGUUCUGCGAUUGCCGCAGGAUCUUGUCGCUUUCUGGGUCUCGUUUUACACCGGUUUCGGAAGCGUCACACCCUUUAAGAAAUACGGCCAACUCAUUGCCAUGGUUUAUCUUGAUCAGCAUACUCUUGUCCAACGUUCUCGGAAUCACGAAGAAAACGACCUUGAAUUUAUGCUGUUUCUCAUACUAGGCAUUGCGAAUUUGAUGAACCUCAAUCAUUUCAUCUCGUUGAUUGUGUUGUGGACUCUGCCAAUUCUGGUCCUUGCUUCAUUUUAUACUUUGAGCGGGUUAGAGAAUCAUGGGAAAGACAAGACAAAUAUCGAGUUUAUGGAUUUGACGGAUAAAACAAGUUAUUUCGUGGAGAUAAGAUGUGCGGGUACAUGGAAUGAGGCGCUAGUGAUAUUUCCUGCCGGCCCUUUCGCCCAGCUAUCAGGUCCAGAGGAUUCAGCCUCAUCAGCGCAGCUUUGCAACCGAUUUCCCUGUCAUGGAUUGGAACAACAUGGAUUUGAAUGA